AUGUACACUGGCUACAACGAGUCCCUGCUUAUCCUCAACCACGUCAUGAAUGGCCCAGCCUGCAAGGGAACCUUAGAUCAAAGUGUGAUUCCACCUGUCGUGAGGUUUGAAUUCCCCCUCAACACAACCAAUUCCUGUGGCAGCCUCUUCAGGACAACCAGCGCUGCAGGCACAGGAAUAUUCUCUGACUUCUCCAACCUCCAGACAGUCAACAUCAGCGGUGUGGUCCGAUCAUAUGAUCCCACCACAGGGCCAGUCACUUACAACACUGAGUUGAAGUAUUAUUACUCCUGUGCCUAUCCCUUAGAGUACCUGACCAACAACACCCAGAUUGAUACGUCUGCAUCUUCCAUUGCGGUUAAGGACAACAAUGGUACUUUCAUCAGCACUUUGAGUCUUAAUCUUUUCAGCGAUGACAACUACAUUUCGCCCUUAAUCAUUCCGAAACAGGGUCUUGAGCUGAGGACCGAAAUCUACACUCGAGUCCAAGCCACCAACCUGACCUCCCAUUACCACGUGUUCCUGGACCAAUGCUACGCCUCCAUUUCUCCACAACCCGACAGUGACAACUCCACUAUCUUCAACCUGUUUGUCCCUUGCAACGUCGACCCGUUGACCGUCAUCAAAGAGAACGGAGAGAGUCAACGUGCCUGCUUCUCCUUCCCGGCCUUCCGCUUCAUGGAGCAACCAAAUGAGAUGAUGUCCACCUACUUCCUCCACUGCAUCACCCGUCUCUGUGAGGAGAGCACUUGCAGUGCUCUUAAACAAUGUACCAACCGGAGGAGAAGGAAUGCCGUUCCCGAAAUUGUAGACGGAGUGACAGGGUACACAACCAUUAGCUCUACUCCUAUCACCAUCAGAGCAGAAAGAGUGGUGGCAAUAAAAGAACAAGAGACUGCCAGCAACAACUCAGACACUUCUACAGGACUUGGUGUGGCAGUGGGCUUUCUGGCAUUCGUCUGCAUUAUUGUCCUUAUAAUGGCAGCAGUGUUCUACAGGACACUCAAACCAUUAAAAAGGGGGUUGACUGCUCCACCUGGAAUGAGUUGA